CAGGGUGGCGGCUCGCUGGCCGCUGGGGGCGGCUGCAGGCUGCGGGGCGCCCCGCCGGCCCCGGGCACAUCGAGACGCGCCGGGGAGAGCGGCGGCGGCCCCGCAGCCCUUUCUUGAGAGAUCAUCUGCAGGAUGUUGAAGAGACUGCAUCUCAUGUAAAAAUCUAGGUAGUCUUCAGGGACUGCUUCCCCAGUAAGAAGAUGAAUUGUGACUAGAAUCUAGGAAGUGGGUGGAUUUUUCCUUCCAUCUUCCUGACAAAUGCACCAAGUUUCUGAGAAACACAAACUGUUUCUUCUGAAGUUGUUGAGGCUGAUAUGAGCAGAGUGGAGGACAAAUUUUCUUAGCCCUACAAAGCCACCUGGUAUUUGAAAUGCUGAAAAGGAAACUACGGUUUUGCCACAACUCAUGCUUCAGGCUUUUCUUGGGUCUAACUCUGAUUUUAGUAAUCGUUUCAGUUUUGAAAGUUAACCAGAAACCAAACUUCUUAAAUCGGAGGCAUCUAGAGCUGACUAACGAAGACCCUAUUGGCAAUAUUAACUGCACCAGGAUAAUAGAGGGUGAUAUAGAAGAAAUUCAAAAGGUGAAGCUUGAGACAUUAUCAAUAUCAUUUAAGAAACGCCCCAAACUGACAGCCAAUGACUAUAUUAACAUGACAGCAGACUGUGCCUCUUUCACUAAGAUGAGGAAAUACAUUAUGGAACCUCUCAGCACUGAAGAAGCAGAAUUUCCAGUUGCUUACUCGAUAGUGGUUUAUCACAAAAUUGAGAUGCUUGAUAGACUUCUAAGAUCUAUAUAUGCUCCUCAGAAUUUUUACUGCAUUCAUGUAGACAGAAAGUCUCCAGAAUCCUUUUUUACUGCUGUGAAGGGAAUAGUCUCAUGUUUUGAUAAUGUCUUUAUUUCCAGCCAGUUGGAGAGUGUUGUAUAUGCUUCAUGGAGCAGGGUGCAGGCAGAUAUUAAUUGCAUGAAAGAUCUCUACAGAAGAAGUUCAAACUGGAAAUACCUAAUAAACCUCUGUGGCAUGGACUUUCCUAUAAAGACCAACCAGGAAAUAGUAGAGAAAUUGAAAGCCCUUAAAGGUGAAAAUAGCUUGGAGACAGAAAAAAUGCCUGUUUAUAAAGAAGUAAGGUGGAAAAAACACUAUGAGAUUAUUGAUGGUAAGGUAAAGAACACAGGUAUAGACAAACAACUGCCACCUCUCAGUACUCCAAUUUUUUCUGGUAGUGCCUAUUUUGUAGUUAGCAGAAGAUUUGUAGAACAUAUAUUAGAAAGCAGCAAAAUCCUCAGAUUUAUCGAGUGGGCAAAAGACACUUACAGCCCUGAUGAAUACCUGUGGGCAACAAUUCAGAGAAUCCCUGAAGUCCCCGGUGCCGUUUCUUCUAGUGAUAAGUAUGACGUCUCCGAUAUGAAUGCACUGGCUAGGUUUGUCAAGUGGCAGUACUUUGAAGGAGAUGUGUCUAAAGGUGCACCUUACCCACCAUGCAGUGGAGUUCAUGUUCGGUCUGUCUGUGUGUUCGGGGUAGGAGAUCUGAAAUGGAUGCUGCGAAACCACCACUUCUUUGCUAAUAAGUUUGAUACUGAUGUUGACCCUUUUGCAGUGAAAUGUUUGGAAGAAUAUUUACGACACAAAGCUUUGUAUCUGCAAAAGAACUGAAAUACUGCACUCUGCGGUUAUGAAACAUAAGGACAAAUAAUAUACAGUAUAAAUACUAUACUACUUUAACAUGCAACACUGGUGGCGGUGGUGCUGGUGAUGGCUAGGAUAGUUAUCACCAUGUUGGUAUGGUGGUGACAAGGCCCUGCCUGGUCCAUGGACAAGUUGGGGAGAAGACAUAACUCUGAAGAUGAGGAUGCCUUGUGUUAUACCCUGAGUGUUGGAACUUGGGUACAAAAUCAAAGAUGGCAGUUUUUGGAAGCUCAACUAUUUCAAAUAUUUAUUAUAUAAAUAUGUGUUAUGGUGUGAUUAAUGGGCUUCCUUUGGCUAAACAACUUAUUUGAAGGCCUGGAAAAAGAUUUUUUUUCAUGGUUAUUUCUGAUUUUUUAUUUUUAUUUUUUUUUCCCAUGAAUAUAAUGCUAGCUGGAAAAGAGAAGUGAGGAGAAAAAAGGGGGAAGAAGCAGCGGGACUGCACAAAGUUCAUAUUGAGUGCUGGAAGAUCUCAGGAAAUUAACAUGGGAAUUGAUUUUAAAUGUAAACAAAAGGGGAUAUACCAAAGCCAAGUGUCAUCAUUUAACUUAAAUAUGAUUGCUGCAGUUCUGCAAUAGGUAAUUCUUAAUCCUCCUGGAAACUUCGUCUUCAGCAUGGAGUAUUAAGGACUUGUAUUUCUAUUUUUGUAGCAAAAUCUUGCUUUUGUACUCUUAAGCCUUCCCUGAUAAUGUGAUAUGAAGUUUAUACACUAGUUCCUAGUUAUAUCAUCUCAGGGAAACUUCAUUUUUGUGCCUGAUGAGAGUUAGACUUGUAAUUUUACACUUAUUGUAUCACAAGUCUUAACUUCUGAAUCCAAAAUGACUCAAGUUUCUCAAAAACAUAAAAGAAGAAUUGCAGCAGUGUCUAAAUGUUACUGACGGAACUGCUGGUUUCUGCUUUCUUUUCAACUUACAAUCCAGAUACUUUUAACACUAAGUAUGAAAAAAUAAAGUUAUUUUUCUAAAUGAUACUGUUUCUCCCUACAGUUAAGUCCUAAAAGGCUAUCCUAACCAUGAAGACCUAAGAUGACUUUACUGUAGGUUGCCAUACACAACUGAUGCUGCAGCAGAGACAAGUCUUGCCUUUCCUCCAUCCAUUCAUUCAAACAUCCAUGCUUGUUUAGGUUUAGCGUGUGCAGCUGUUUUUUACUUAUUUAUUUGCAUCUUUUAGUCAAAAGGAAAGGGGGAAAUCUGGAUUAAUUAUGUUUAUGAUUAGUUCCCCUGCUUGAUCUAGCUGCUGCAAUAUGACACGGUACUGCAAACAAUAAAAAACCAUGCUGAUGAGGAAUCAGGACAGCAUGAGGAGUGAAAUUAUUUAUUUUCAUAGUAAUCCUGGUUUGUUAUACAUCCUAUCUUACUCCUGAUAUUCAUUAUUGACACUAGCAAGUAGUAAAAUAGACUCUUUUUUUUAUUUAUUUAUUUAUUUUUUUUUUUUAUUUCACUGUUAUUUGUGUUUCUUGGACUGUUGCUGUGAAGGCAAUACACAUUUCUCACAAAGGUAGAUUGUCAUAAGUUUCUUCUAAGAUCUGCCCCGAUAUGAGACAUGAGCAUUAUGAACUGCUUACUGUUGAUCAUGCAAGACUGUAAGGAGGCAAGAGAUUUAAUCUAAAGUGGGGCUUCUUCUUGCCAACCCCCCACCUUCAUAACCACAUGAAAGCUGUUUAGAGAGUCUUCAGAGAAUCUCACCUGGUGUAUAAACAUGUAAUUAAGGCCAGGGAGCAGAAGCAGAGAAGGGAAAUACGCUAGGUUGUCUUCCCCGCCCUUUGGCAUUUCUGCAAGAAUGCUCUUACGGACGACCAUGCUCUACCACCUUUGCACAAGCUAUAACAAGGAGGUCCCUUAAUUUAGGUAGUAAUGGGAAAUGCCAGGAAGUCAGGUUAUAGCAGAAAGGCAACUGUUUGCUUUUAAGAAUUUUUACCUGAAGACAAACUACAUAAAUAAUUUCUAUAAUACCACAGCUGUUGGUUCAAAAAUGAUAAAAAAGUGAUAAUGAAGUUUGUACUUGUUUGUAUAAUGCAAUGAAUGCAUUUCUGCUAACGAUAAUGCUACUGUAGAUGGUGAAGAUGCUAACUGCUUUGGUGCUCCAAGUGUUACUGUUAAGAUAGAGUCAAGAGAGAUCCUGUGUACAGUCAUGGUGUGGUCUGCUUUGUAUGGGAGGAAAAAAUACAAGAAGAGCUCUGUGUUUAGCAUAUAUUCUCUAGAAAAUACAGAGGAAUUUCCUUUUCUUCUGGGGAUUGUAAACUACCAAAAAACCACCCUAAAACAGUUGUAGAAGAGAAGCCCUAGUGUAGCAGAUUUUAAAUGGUAUAGAAAGGAAAAUUAAUGAAAAGAAUAAUCAUCUCUUAAGUAUUAAAUGUGUAAAAGGAAAUUAAUAGAUCAAUUAAAAGUAUUUUAACUAUGCAUAAAGACACCCUAGCUAUAAUGAGCAGAGAAAGCAGUCUAGCUUAUGUUAGGAUUUCACUGAACCUGCCAAAAAAUUUGCCCUAAAUAAUCUCCAUCCCAAAGCCAAGCAACUUUGUGGCACUAAUAAAAUAUAAAUGAAACCUAGAUUGUAUUCCUAGAUUGUAUUAGAAGUUGGUAUUUCAUAAAUGAUCUCAGCUUUCUACAAGAUGUUUAGAAGACAGGAGUAAAAUUGUGGUACUGGCUUGAGUGAACAUGAAAGAAAAUGCUCAACCAAAACAGUGCAGCGACCAGCUGACCUUGAUGCUGUGCUGAAGACUCUGGACUUGAUCAGCUUUAAUGGUAGCAAAAGCUGAAAAUUAAAGCUUUGUGAUUACAUCAACCUUCCAGCCACUGAUCCUGAAUACAGUAGUGCUUAAUGCAAGAAAAAUGCAGGUUUUCUCCAGUCAGCUUCAGGUUCCUUUUGAGGGAAGAAGGCAACACAGAUACCUGCACAAGCUGGGUUUUGGAGCUGUACAGGGCACUAAGCAGUUAAAAUCAAGGCUGUGAUCUUGGGUACUUGUAUCCGUCAGUCCCUGCUGUAUCCACCCAGAGGAGACCUUGCAACUGUGACAAUAUCAGCCUUUGGGCAGCUAUGAAGGAAGUUUGUUUCCAUUGUCUGCUAAAUAACCUUUCCCCUACCCCACUUCCCCCCAGCCCCCUUUUUUCCAUGUUUCAAGGAUGGUUUAGUUUCUGGUUUAGUUUCUCAGUCCAGCUAACCAGUUCUGGGAAUAAAUGAGUAUCUAGAAAAAAAGUUGUUGAAGAAAUACAUGAAGAAAUACAUGCCCUUCUCAACUUCAUGGUACUUGUCUUUUAAUUUUCCAUAGUAGAAUUUUUCAAAACAGUUUGGUGCAUUGGAGGCACUGCUCUUGUUCAGCUCUAAAAAAAGCAACAAGCCCUCUCCCCCCACAUGCUUACACAUAAGCACUUUGAACAGCCCCAGUAAUAACAGUUCGUUUGGUUUACAGAUGCAAGCAAAUAAUUGUGGUAACCAAGUAUCCUGUCUCACUAGCAGUCACUAGUCUGAAAGCCUUUGGGCUCAACGGUUGAUUUUAUCCCAGAAACCUAAUUACUUAUGCUUUCAUCUAAAAACUCCUUCCUGCUUUACGUUUGAUUUGACAGGAAGGAUGUUUGGCUGUCUGACUGCUUCCUAGCUAGCACAGCAAAAAACAACAGGAAACCUUUGAGCUGAACACUACAGUUACGAUUAAGCUAGCCAUACGGAUUGCCAUGACUUGCUGCAUUUUUAAGUGGCAUGACAACUAACAAUAGGCACCCUGGAUAUAAUGUCUAUGCAUUAGAAAAUAAAAAUGAAUGAAGAGGCUGUCUCCUCCCCCAUCUAGUACUGUGCUGGAAAGGACAUAACCCUUUCCUCCAGGUUCGGUGCUAUUGCAAGCUCUGAAUGGCAGCCAUAAAAAUAACAAACAUAAUUUCUGUUGCAAUAUUUGAUUGUAUUUAAUUAUAGCUUCAUUUACUCUUAAAAAUUUUAUUAGUGGAUUUCUUGUAAAAUGCACUGAAGUUCUAAUAUUACAGUGAGCACCUCUUCAGUCAGUUAUAAUAUGGGAAAUUGUAUUAUAUAAAAUGGCUUUCCAUGAGUUGGCAAUACCAUUCAUCCUCAGCUUAAUGGUUCAGUAACAUAGUAGACCAGUUUUCAUAUUUUUCAAAUUAUCUUCUUUCCAAUAUAUGUUUCCUUAAUUGUUUUUUUACUGCCUUAGACUGCAGUGUAGUAAUGUAAUAGUAACCUGCUUUUGACAGACAAGGAGCCUUUCAGGUGCUGUAGAAGAGAGACAGAAAAAUACUGUACCCUUUAGGUUAUGUUGUUUAUCUCAGAUCAUUCACUCAACCUUUUCCAAACACCAUUACUCACUUUCCAAGAAUCUAUACUAACAUGAUUUAUCAAGUUAUUGUUCUCAUUUGUGUUGAGUUUUUCAAUUUAUUUAUUUUUUAAUUGAAGAGAGACAUUUUCUUACUCUGCACAGAAAUAAGAGGUUUCUUGUUUGUUUCCUUGUUUGUUUUUGUUCCCACUCUGCCCCACCCCCCCCGCCUCCACCCCUCACACCUGUCCCUUUUCCGGAUUGUGUAAUAACCUCAAACAGUCCCCAUGAAUUUAUGUUACAGUGCUCCUUAUUUGCCUUGCCUUAAGUUACGGUGUCUUUGGCCAGGGAAAUAUGUUGCUCAAUGCCCUCUUUUAAAUUCUGUGGCUCUGAAGCUGAGCUUUGCUGUUGGAGUCCUACACGUGGCUGGUUUCUUCUAGGAUCUCCCAGUAGUCAUUUUAGUUUGACUAUCUUCUAUAACUAUAACAGAGCUUGAAAA